AUGUCAUGUUCCUCUUCGUCAUCUACGCAGGUAUCUCGCAAAGAGGUAGAAGCAGCAUUUGCCAUGUGCAAUGAAGAACGACCGCACCUUUUGAAGCUGUCCGAUUUGAAGGUGAACGCGUUUCAGCUCGUUAUGCGUGCUCUGGGAUUUGAUCCGCGCAAUUCUCAAAUAGACCAGAUGACCAUGAGGUUUAGAGAGAUGCAGAGAACUAAAGUGGGAGGUCAUCAGGAAGCUGACCACAUGGAUGUGGACGAGUUCCUUGAGAUACUGAAAGAAGAUGGUGGAGAAAAAGAUGAGACUGCCGACGAGAUGCGUAGUGCAUUCAAGCUUUUUGACAAGGAAGGAAAAGGCUGGAUUACUGCAGAAAAUCUCAAGCAGGUUGCUCAAGAACUCGGAGAAGAGUUAAGCGAAGAAGAUUUGGAGGAAAUGAUCAAGGAAGCUAGCAAGGAUGCUGAGGGCCGUCUCUGGCACUAUGCUGUUAACUUGUUCAGUACCUGUGAUUACGUUAAACAAAUUCGCUUGAAAUUGGAUUAUGUGAUGGCACAUAAGUAA